CAUUUUGGCGCUUCAGUAUGAAGCGCGGGGAAUUUUAGUGGAAUAGGGGUAGUGUCGAAGUUGUGGGCUUUUGUCGCGUAUAAGAAUUUAUAGAGAAGCGUAACAAAACGGAAUCAUGCAGAGAACCAUUGCGUCUUUUUUUCAGCCCAUGAAAGGGAAGAAGAAAGAGGAGGAGACCAGCGGUCCAGGAAAAGAGAGAUCUGAACCAGUCAAAUCUCCGCUCAAACCCCAGAAUGGGUUUCCGGAAGCCGAUUCGCCGGUGAAGAAGACCAGUAAGCGCAGUCGGCCAAUCAUAGACAGUGACGAUGAGGACACCGUUGGGAAGGAAGAGACGGAGACGGAGAUGGAGACGGCCCCGCCCGCUCAGGAGAAGGUGGCGGCAGUGAAGAGCCCUGCCCAGACCACUCCCUCGACGCCGGUUUCCUCAGCUGGCGUUGUUACCGCGGUUACCCCGGUUACCCCAGCUACUCCCGCCACUCCUGCCACUCCCACCACCCCGUCCUCCGUCUCGCCUAGCGGGAUCCCCAAACGCAAGACAGCCCGGAAACAGUUUCCGAAGAGAAAGCUGGACACUGCGAAUCGUGAUGAGGAAGAGGGAGAGGAGGAGGAAGAGCAGCAGGUGGUGAAGAGGGCCAAGCUAGAGACGGACAAGAGCGAAAGUGCUCAAGCCACAGAAGGGAACAAGGAGGAGGUGAAGAAGGAAGAAGUGUUUGUGAAGACAGCAGAGCCUGUGGGAGAGGAGGAAGAGGAAGGUGCAGUGAAGGAGAAGAGUGACGAAGAGUCAACUGUCAAAAUGGAGGAAGAUAAGCCACCUGUUAAAACGAAACCCAUCAAUAGCUUUUUUGUUUUAGCCCCCAGGAAAGUGGCCGUAAAGCUGGAGAAGACGGAGGAGAAGAGAGGAGGUGGGAAGGAGGUGCAGGGAGAAAGAGAAGGAGAGGGCGAUGAGGAGAAGGAAAGCGGAAAGGGCGCCCUUGGCUGUAAACCUGCAGAGUACGACCCUUCACGCCCAAACUACAACCCUGUGGACCAUGCCUGCUGGAGCCGGGGUCAGAGGGUCCCGUACCUGGCUGUGGCUCGCACCCUGGAGAAGAUUGAGGAGGAGAUGGGCAGACUGAAGAACAUUGAGACCCUUUCAAACCUGCUGCGUUCUGUGCUGGUCCUCUCACCAGAUGACCUGGUGUGCUGUGUGUACCUCUGUCUGAACCAGCUGGGCCCCGCCUACUUAGGGGUGGAGCUUGGCGUGGGAGAGACGGUGCUGAUGAAGGCUGUUGCCCAGGCAACAGGGCGACAGCUGGACAAGAUCAAGGCGGAGGCGCAGGAGAAGGGGGACCUGGGAUUGGUGGCCGAGAGUUCCCGUAGCAACCAGAGAAUGAUGUUCGCGCCGGCCAAUCUGUCGGCGGCGGGCGUGUUCAGCAAGCUGAAGGACAUCGCCAAGAUGACCGGGAACUCUUCCAUGAACAAGAAGAUUGACAUCAUCAAGGGCCUGUUUGUGGCCUGCAGGCACUCUGAGGCCCGGUACAUCGUCAGGUCUUUGGCGGGAAAGCUGCGGAUCGGGCUGGCGGAGCAGAGCGUGCUGGUGGCGCUGAGCCAGGCCGUGACCCUCACCCCUCCUGGGCAAGAUUUUCCUCCGAAGGUCCUGGAUGCAGGUUUGGGGAAGUCUGUGGAGAGCAGGCGGAGCUGGCUGGAGGAGAACGCCCUCAUCCUGAAACAGACAUACUGUGAGAUGCCGAACUAUGACGUCAUCAUUCCUGUCCUGCUGAAGGAGGGAAUUAAAGAACUGCCCAAACACUGCAAGCUUACCCCAGGCGUUCCUCUGAAGCCCAUGCUGGCCCAGCCCACUAAGGGCGUGUCUGAGGUGAUGAAACGGUUUGAUGAAGCCGCCUUCACCUGUGAAUACAAAUACGAUGGAGAGAGAGCUCAGAUCCACAUCCUCGAGAACGGCGGCGUGCACAUCUUCAGCCGCAAUCAGGAAGAUAACACCACCAAGUACCCCGACAUCAUCUCCAGGAUACCAGGGGUGAAGAGGGAGUCGGUGCGCUCCUGUAUCGUGGACGCGGAGGCUGUGGCGUGGGACAGAGAGAAGAAGCAGAUCCAGCCCUUCCAGGUGCUGACCACGCGCAAGAGAAAGGAUGUGGACGCGUCGGAGAUAAAGGUCCAAGUGUGCGUGUACGCCUUCGACCUGCUCUACCUGAACGGAGAGUCUCUGGUGAAGGAGCCGUUGUCUCGGCGGCGAGCCCUGCUGAAGGAGAGCUUUGAGGAGCGGGAGGGAGAUUUCGUUUUCGCUCAGGCGCUCGACUCCGACAGCACGGAGACCAUCGGGGAGUUCCUGGAGCAGUCUGUCCGAGACUCAUGUGAGGGGCUCAUGGUGAAGACUCUGGAAAAAGAUGCUACUUACGAAAUUGCCAAACGCUCUCACAACUGGCUGAAGCUGAAGAAGGACUACCUGGAGGGCGUGGGGGACACGGUGGACCUGUGUGUGAUCGGGGCCUACCUGGGCAAGGGCAAGAGAGCCGGGGCCUACGGGGGCUUCCUGCUGGCCUGCUACGACCAGGAGAACGAGGAGUUCCAGUCCGUCUGCAAGAUUGGAACGGGUUUCAAGGAUGAGGAUUUGGAGCAGCAUUUCAAGUUCUUUAAGGAACAUGUCUUACCCAAACCCCGCUCGUAUUACCGCAUCGACCAAUCGGCUGAGCCUGACGUUUGGCUCGAGGCGGUGCAGGUUUGGGAAGUGAAGUGUGCCGACCUGUCUCUGUCUCCGGUGUACAAGGCAGCCAUGGGAUUGGUGGACCCGGUGAAGGGCGUGUCUCUCCGCUUUCCCCGGUUCCUCAGGGUCAGAGAGGAUAAAAAGCCGGAGGACGCGACCAGCAGCGUGCAGGUUGCCGACCUGUACGGGAAGCAGCAGCAGAUUCAGAACCAGGGAGCAAGCAAACACAGCCUGGAGGACUACUACUGAUGCCUUUUCGAUUGGCUCCUCGGAUACUAGCCCUUCAUUGGUUCCUGGAAAAAACUGUCCCCCUUCUGAUUGGCUCUUGAUGUGUGCUUCUGUGCUGUCUUAAGGAUUUAUUUUGUGAUGCAGUGCCCGUUUAGUACUGUAAGUGUGUAGGGUUACAGUAGCGUUUUCUCACAGUGUCAGUAUUGGGCACUGCUGAAAUGUUCGGCUUAAUUUCAAUUUAUGUAAAUAAUUUCUUUGUCUGCUUUGGACUGAAAUAAAAAAAAUUAUAUUUUAGUACCUGA